AUGUUUUCCUUAAUUGCUUAUUAUUGCAAAAUACAUAAACACAUCCAUAUAUUAAUUAUAAUUAAUUGCAGUCAAUUCAUAUUUUAGGUUGUUAAUCUCCACACACAGAAGAGUGUCAUUAUCAAUAAUACCAAAUCACCAUUCAUAAACUACCUGAUCUAUGAUCCCCUUCCCCACCAUAAUUACUACUGCUCCCACAAAUUAACCCAUGUUUUACAGGUGGUGUUGUUGCUUUCCCCUUUCCUUCAAUGGCAUAAUCGCCAUUUCGAAAACACGCCACAUGUAAUUGUUUCUAGGCUAUAAUCAGAGUGUCGGUGCUGCAAUUAUCAUCUUAAUUUAUUGGGGUUUUAGGUUUUGUAUAAAGCGGAAAUGGAUUUCUCCUCUCCACCUUCUCCAAUUGCCUCCGGUUCUGAAAUUUGUAGCCAGAUGCCCAUGGAUCAUGUGCUUAACAUCUCUCCUACUUCUUCAGCAGAAGUGGUGAAAGAAAUCGCUAAACUCGAAGUCGAGAUCGUGCAUUUGGAACGGUAUCUUCUUUCUCUCUACCGUACAGCUUUUCAGCAGAAUCUCCCAAGUAUUCCGAAAAACAAUCAAACGAAUGAAAUAAGCCCAUGGGUCACAUCCGAUCAACAAUCUCCCAAGACGAAAUUUCAGUUGACGAAAACCUAUAGUAACAAUCAAAACCAAAGCUCUCCUACAAGUGCUUUAGCUGGUCCAAACGAUUCGGUUCAAGUUUCUACUCCAAAAUCAUCAUCUGAAAAAAAGAGUGCUUAUUCUCGGCACUCUAGCCUAGCAGAUCAUCUUGGAAAUUCCCGUAUAGACGAUGCUCUCGUUUUUCCGGAUAGACUAUCCGAAGACAUUAUAAAAUGUAUUUCUUCGAUUUAUUGCAAACUGGCAUACCCUGCACGAACUCACAAAGGCUUAUCGGUUUCGUCCAACUCGUCGUUCUGCUCGUCGAGCACAUUUUCUCCAAGAAAUUUAUCCGACAGUUGGAGUCCUCGGUGUAAUGAUGAAGUUGCAGAGCAUUGCUUUGAAGGUCUAAAACAAGAAAACGGACCAUACUCUGCAACAAUAGAAGUCUUGAAAAUAUGCUUAGACAACGAGACUUAUAAUUACGCUGCUAUAAUGCUUCAGAAGUUCAGGUCUCUAGUUAAGAGUCUCGAGAUUGUUGACCCGAAGAAGAUGAGGCGCGAGCAGAAACUUGCCUUCUGGAUUAACAUUCACAAUGCUUUGGUGAUGCAUGCUUAUUUAGCAUAUGGAACUCAGAACUAUAUAAAAAACACGUCCAUGGUGAAGGCUUCUUAUAACAUUGGCGGACAUUGUCUAAAUGCUUACGACAUACAAAGCUACAUUUUAGGAAUCAAAUCUCACUAUUCUGCUCCGUGGCAUCAGGCAAUUUUCUCUCCAGGAAAGAAGUUCAAGACUGGAACUACCAAACACGAUUUUGCUAUUGAAUACCCCGAACCACUUGUUCAUUUUGCACUAUGCUCAGGCUCGCACUCCGACCCAGCGGUUCGAGUUUACACUGCGAAGAAUGUAUUCGAUGAUCUGAAAGUUGCCCAGAAAGAGUUUAUACAAGCUUCGGUUUAUGUUCAUAAGCAAUCAAAGGUUUACUUGCCGAAAAUACUGAAUCAUUACGCGAAAGAUAUGUCACUUGGCAUGGCUGAACUUUUGGAAGCUGUCAGCGGACACAUACAAGGAAUUCAACACAAAACUAUCAAAAAAUUUGCCAAGAAUCGGCCCGAAAAGUACGUGUACUGGUUAGAACAGAGUUCUUCGUUUCGAUAUUUAAUCCAUAAAGAGAUUGUUGCUUGAUUAGCAUCACCUUUUUCUAGAGCUUAUGGAGAGAUGUUUCUUUUUUAUACACUGUACAGAGAUACUGAAGUGGACUUCACUGGCUAUUUAGUUUGAGAGCCAAAAUAUGUAUUUUUCUUUUGAGGA